AUGGCGUCCCUCUUCAUCGGCAUAUACCGGGCCUUGUAUGAUUAUACGGCCCGAGACGAGCUCGAGUUAUCUAUUCAGGAAAAUGACUUGUUGUAUCUUUUGGAGAAAUCGGACAUCGACGAAUGGUGGACCGUGAAAAAGCGCCUUCCCUUGGAAGCUGGCGCCGAUGUCGAAGAGCCCUCGGGAAUUGUGCCUUCCAACUACAUUGGGCCCGCCGAAAUCAUCCAUACUGCCCACGCUUUGUAUGACUAUGAUAAACAGACGCAGGAGGAACUUUCGUUUGCUGAAGGUGCAAAGUUCAAUGUGUACGAUACCUCUGAUCCGGACUGGCUGCUUGUAGGUUUAGCAGAUGGCUCGCAGUAUGGUUAUGUUCCUGGUAAUUACAUUGAGAGAGACUCCGCCAGUGGUGCCCCAGCUGCGGCUCAGGUUCCAGCAGCUUCGGCUGCAACUGCGGCCAUUACCAUGCAGCCAAUUUCUGCAUUUGCUGCUCCUCCACAGCAUAAAUCGCGUGCUGUCAGCGAGGAGCCCAAGCCAGCUCCCAGCCAAGAGGAGGCCCUUGAUGUAGAUGGCGACACGCCACGUAGAAAUCUUCCACCAACGAGCAACGCUCAUGACGAAUCUGAUGAAGAAGAGGCUCCUCCUCCUAUGCCUGCUAGACCCAACGAGCCCAAAGCUGCUGCAAGACCAGACCCUCCAAAGACAGCUUCUGCUUUGGAGCCAGAGCACCGCGUGGAUGACGAUUAUUUCCGCUGGUUUAUUUCAGAGCUGCAUCGCGACAAGAAAACACCUGUGGAAUUGGCUGUCAGCAGCCGUGAGAUCAUAUUCAAGCGUGACAAAGACACUAAGUUGAAGCGCGGCGAGGAACAAGAGUACAGCUGGCCCAUCGGUCGUUUGACAAACUACAAUCAUGAGAAAAAACAUCUUUUCUUAGACUUCGAGAAUCCUACAAAGUCUUUGCACUUGUAUACGGGUGACAAACUUGUCUCCGAAGCGAUCAUUUCUAUUUUGGGCGAGUUUAAAGGUGCUUACGAAGCUGCCGGUCUCAGAGAAGUGGCCCGCGCUGCCAGUCUGAGAGCGCCAAAAAACAAGACAAAUGGUACCAUUCUCUACCGUUUCAAGGCUCAGGGUUCAAAUGAAUUGCUGGCCAAAGAAGGUGACAAGGUGGUGGUGCACGAUGCUAACGACAAUAAAGACUGGUGGUUAUGCGAAAACUUGUCGAGCAAAAAGAAGGGCUAUAUUCCUGCGAGCUACGUCGAACUUGAAACGUCUAAGAAACUGCGUCUGUUCCGUGAAAGAUCUGACCGUGACAAGAUUAGAGAAAAUGACCGCGUAAAAAGAGGUAAGCAAAAGCAUGCAGAGAGCGAGGAAAAUAUGCCCAAUUUUCACCGAGUCAGAACCUGGAUCGAUGCUUCCGGCACUUUCAAGGUCGAGGCCGAAUUGUUGGGAUUCAAAGAAGGAAAGAUCCACUUGCACAAGACAAAUGGUGUCAAAAUUGCCGUUGCCGCAGCAAAAUUGUCCAUGGAGGACUUGGAGUAUGUUGAAAAGGUGUCUGAGGUUUCUUUGCAAGACUACAAGGACGAGGUGGCUAGACAAAUGGCCAAGAAAGCUAAAAGACAGACAUCCUCUUCUAACGCACCUGCUCCUUCGGUUCCAUCGAAAGAUUCCAAUGAUAGAACGGGUGUUGUUAAGAACAAAUCCGCUACCGCGCUCAUCAAUGACAUGUCACCAUCUAAGGACUCUACCCCUACUCGAUCCUCAGCAACUAUUCCUCAAACUGAACCAGAUUACGACUGGUUUGAAUUUUUCCUUAACUGCGGUGUCGAUAUCGGAAAUUGUCAACGUUAUUCCGUAGUCUUUGGCAAGGAGCAAAUGGAUGAAAGUAUCUUGGAAGACAUCACUCCAACAUUGUUGCGUUCUCUUGGUUUGAGAGAGGGUGAUAUUCUCAGAGUCACGAAGCAUUUGGAUGAAAAGUUUGAUAGAAAGAAGACCGAGGUCGUGGACUCUUCCCACAGUGGAAGCGGGUUGUUUACUGGACCUGCUGGAGAGUUGAAAAACAACAGUACCGUGGAAACAACGAAAGUCAACGCAAGCGCAUUGCCUUCCAGUACUAUCAAAUCAACACCAGAGCAAAGCAAGAUCGAGGACGAUGCAUGGGCUGUUAAACCUGCUGCGAGAUCCAGCGAAGAUCUUUCCAAACCAGUGGCACGUCCACAAUACACUGGGUCGCUUCACGAUCUCAUUGACAUUAAGCCAUUGGAAGCCAACAAAGAUCUUACGACUCCUCAGAGACCAGCUCCAACAAAUUCAACAGCUCCAUCUUUGCAACCUUUAGAGCCAACAAAGACCGCACCAUCUUUGCCACAAACACCACAAACACCUCAAGCACCCCAGGUUGGUACACAAAAGACCGGUCAGUCUGCUCCUCAGCAACCAUUGAUGGUGAUGAGGACCGGAGGUCUAGUCCCUGUGAAUGGCGCCGGUUUGAUUCCUGUCCAACCAACGGGAUUUAUGCCAAUUGGUGCGCAGCCAACUGGAUUUGUGCCAAUUCAAGCAACAGGUGGUUUGAUCCCCCAAGGAACCUCUUUCGGUAUUAUUCCUUUACAAACUGGUGCUACAACAUUUACAGCCCAAAAGACUGGCCCUCCUAUUCCAUCAAUCCCUCCUCCCACUACAUUUGGUCAAAGUUUCCAACCUACAGGCACUUUUGUACCUUUGCAAACAGGUAACAUCACUGGCGUGUCUAUGUACCCCCAAACUACAUUUGGACAACCUCCUGCUCAACCGAUGGCGUCGUUCGUACCAUUACAGGCGACUGGUGUGAGCUCUGCGCCCCCAAUGAUGCCCGCUACCACAUUUGGCCAGGUGCCAAUUGGUGGUCAAGCGACUGGAGGUGCUAUGCCGGCCAUGGGAAGCCAAGUGACAGGUCAGAUUCUUAGCAAUGCAUUCGUUCCACAAUCCACCUUUGGAAAGCAAAUCACCGGAGGAUUUAUGGGUGCUAACAGGACUGGCGGUGCUCAAAUGCCACCUCAAACCUCAUUUUCUGCUCAGUUGACUGGAGGUAUCCCUCCUAUGCAAACCACAUUCACCAACCAAGCAACUGGCCAAUCGAUGCCAUCUAUGCCAACUUUUGGAAGCGGACCUGACCAGGCGCAGUCACUGGGAAUGGCACAAAUGACAAAUAUGUUCCAGAGCACAUCUCUCGGCAAUAACUUUGGCCAACAACAGCAAGGACAACAAGCUUUUGGCCAACAACAAAUGCCUCAAGCUACAUUUGGUCAACAGCCCACUCAAUCGUUUGGCCAGCAAAUGCAGCCACAGAGCUACGGACAGGCAACAUUUGGACAACAACAGCCUUCACAACCACAGUUUGGUCAACCUCAAUUCGGACAGCCGCAAUUUGGCCAGCCUCAAUUCGGCCAACCCCAAUUCGGCGAAUCGCAGUUUGGUCAGCCAAAUGCUGGACAACCUUGGCAACAACCCAUGGCACAAAACAGUGUCCCAACAACUUCAUUUGGUCAGCCAGCAGUGCAGCCCACUUCAUUUGGACAAACUCCUGCCUUUGACGGAUUCCAGAACACUCCUUUGCAAUCACAACCUACCGGACUUGGGUUUGGAAAUGCACCGGGCUUGCAAAGUCAGCAAACUGGGAGAAGAGCAAACUUGCAGUCAGCCACGGCCGAUAAUCCCUUUGGAUUCUAG